AUGAUGACAAGACUCCCACGUGCUGCACUGCAUACCCUGUGGAUCCUUUUCUUUUCAUAUGCAACAAAUGAAGUUAUGGCUGCAGGACAUGUACAGGAGUUUGCAUGCUUCACUGACUAUGACAAAGAGCUGGUUUGUCACUGGAAGGUGCCUGCACAAACAAAUUGCUCCAAAGAAUUCCUGCUGUACUACGGGAAGGAAUUUUGUUCUCCGAAUGAUGUCUGUGUCCCUGAGAAUGGAAAAGACAGUUUAAGGUGCACUUGCACAAUAUGUCCAGAUUAUUUUGUAUCAGGCCUCACGUAUAAUCUAGCUCUACAGUUUAAUGGGACUGAUAUGUGGAAUUACAGUGUUACACCAGCCCUGGUUGUUAAGCCAAGGGCCCCCAAAAAUCUUGCCAUUGAGAAAGUUGAAAAUGGUAAUUUCAAUCUGAGCUGGGAGGAGAGCUACUCUCCUCCAUCCAUGCUCUCUGGACAGCCGGUCAUCUAUGAAGUGAAAUACUGGAGGAAGCAACACCCGACAGAGGUUUCUGUGAAAGCAAUUAACUACCAGGCAAAAAGCUUUGAAAUUACUGCAAGCUCCUUGAGGAGAGGCUAUGAUUACGUUGCAAGUGUAAGAUGUAACUAUACCGAAUACCCGGCCUACUGGAGUGAAUGGAGUGAAGAAGUUGAAUUUCACUAUGAUUACCAAGUAACAACUGAGGACAUUCUGCAGAUGGCUGUCCCUGUAUCCUGCAUACUGAUCAUGGCAGUAUCUGUAAUUUGUUACUUCUGUUUUACCAAAGUGAAGAAAGAGUGGUGGGAUCAAAUCCCAAAUCCAGCAAAGAGCCAUUUGGUCGUAAAAAAUGUCAAGUUUUCAGUUUUGUACUACAUUGAUGAAAUUAAGUUCCCUUUCCAUGACUUAAAGCAGAGUCAUAUGGAAAACCAAAUAAGUUGCAAGAACUGUCUGGCUCAAAGUUUGUCAAGCGAAAACUUCAAGGGAAAAGAUAACAUCAGAAAUGUUGAGAAAUCUUGCAGUUGCCACAGCAAGUCUGGAGAGUGGUUUCCAAAAGGCAGCAGUGCAGUUUUAACCCCUGAGACAAUUCUGGUUGAAGAGUCUAUAGAAAUCUGUGAAUGUUUAACAGACAGUGAGGCUGAGAGCCAGGAAGAAACUAGUGACCAGAUCACUGAGUUUGAGCCUUUUGAGAGCUGUGUCAGUGCUUCCAGAGAGCACACUGAACACAAUGAUGCACUAGCUAGAAUGUUUAUUGAGCUUCUGGCAGAUGAAAACAACAUGCAAGAUGAUAAAGACCCAGACAUCAUCACAGGUGAGAAUAAAACUUCUGAGAAACUUGAGUCAGAAAAUCCAUCACAGCGAAAUCCAAAAGAAAGUGCAGCCCAGAGUCAGCAGCCAUGUGAUAUUUCUCAUACAGUCUCGCUUUUCACCAAAGCCCCUCAAGAUGACUACAAUUGUAGUACAGCCAGCAAGAAGUCAGAACAAUCAGAAGAAUCCUUUGAAUCUGGCUAUCAGAGCUCUGGCAUAAAUUCUGCUUCUCUGGGUGCAAGAGAUCUUCAACAUACGGUUCACCAAAGCCUUUUUCCAUGCAGUGCUGAAAGUCAGCAUGACUCAUGUGUCCUGAUCCAGGAAUCUCCAAAUAAACCAUCCUUUGGGACCAAAAAAGACAGAAUAAGCAACCCUGCGCGCAAGAGUUUUGAUGCCCUUGUGUCUCCAUCCAUGAGGCUGUGUAGCUCUGCAUAUAAGAGCUUUGACACCCUUGUGUCUCCAUCCAUGGAGCCCUGUGGUUCUGCCUACAAGAGCUGUGACACCCUUGUGUCUCCAUCUGUGGAGCCCUGUGGUUCUGCCUACAAGAGCUUUGAUACCCUUAUGUCUCAGUCUGUGGCUAACAGUAACCUGACUGUGUGUUUUGAAAAUGCCUGCUCCUCACCAUCUUUGACACAGUUUUCAGAGACACUAGAACUUAUCUACAGGGAUCACAUUUAUCGACCCCCUAGCAAUCAGACAUGCUAUACCAACUACAGAUCUCCCUGCACUGAGCUAAAUUUUCAAAACACCUGUUCAGAACAUGCUGAUUUUCCAACUUUCUCUGUACAUGCAAAUGACAGUGCUUCAGCUUUCCUACCCGAAGGAGAAAUACAUAAGCAAGUAACAUAUCAAAAUGUUCAAAAGAAAGCUGAUGUAAUUUCUUGCCCCAUUGGACCUCAACCAUCUGGUCAUCAACCUUUUGGUAAUGCAGUUAAAUGUAAUGGUACGUACUGUGACAAUGACAGUGCGGUUAUCUCUAGGUCACUAUAUGAACCCUUCAUUCGCCUUUUGUACAACAACCUCAGAGAAACACCUCCAGAUACCAUAAUCUGUGAACCUGACCAGAGGACAGAUGACCACGUAUGUUUGAUUGUACAGGGAUUUGACUGCAGCAUUGUCCCAGGUUUAGCCUCUAGUGAGAAUGUCACACAGACCAGCAAUGGCAGCCUUUGGAUCAUCAACUCUAAUGAGCUGUCUAGUGAUAGCAAAGAUGAAAAUGCCAGCAGAGAUGAACAGCUGUUGCAUUUGUUAGAGCUGAACUGUCAAGAUUUUAGCAGCAGAGAAAGAACUAUAAAGGAGACAAAACCUAACAGCUUUAACUAUACUGGUAAAGGAAUGCAAGAGAGCAGCAGUAACAGAGUAAAUGCUGACUUACACUGCCACACAUACAAUCACUUGAGGAAAUUUGGAAAUGCAGGGGAAAAUAAAGAGGUGAUAAAGCAUGCAGAAGGCAGGAGGUGUGGCUCAGCAGCUAGCUUACCAGAAGAAUCACUGGACAGCAUUGGGCUAAACUUAGAAGGGAAAACUGCAGAGCCCCUGGAGCUCCUGAUCUCAAACAAGUCGUCAUCUCCUCUUUUUGUGGAUAACUCCUGUCCUUCUGAUUCUCACGCCAUUCAUAGUGAGGGUUCCAGACUGGCACCUGCAGUUAAAAAAAGACCAGCAGAACUAUUGAGGGAAAACAACAGGAAGAAUGAGAAAAAAAAGAAAUUUGUACAAGCCCUUGCCCAGGAGGACAACUGCUACAUGAAGGUAGCCUAG